AAGCGCUUCCCAAGCUCCGGGCAGAGGUGGGCGUGAGAGUUGGGGGAGGAGGGCACACGUUGUUUGGCAGGAAGGGGAGGCCACUCUCCUGGCAGGAAGCUGAGAUACAGAGGGAGGAGACUGCUGCAGCAGUAGCAGCGGCUGGUGGGAUCCCGAAGUGGCAUAGGGGCCUCUGCUGCCGACUGGGACGCAGCGGGGCCCCUGAGCUCCGUGCUGAAGCCGCCAUCCUCUUCGCCUGCCUGCCACGCACUUCGUCUGAGGAUCCUCCUCCUCCACCAGCUUCAGCGAGCUUCCUUCUUGGCGCCUGCUGAUCAUCUUUCCCCUCCAGGCACGCAGCGAAGCUGGAACGAGCCUGCCUGGGAGGAAGGUUACUGCAGGCACACGCCAGGAUACCUUGAUUUGCAGCCUUCGGGAGGAACUUAGGCGUGGGUGCACGGAGUGCACUAAUUAGGAGACAAAGCUCAGCGUGUCAUACUUUGAAUUGAUUUUUUCUCAGUCUCCUUUCUUGGCCUGCCUUGCAACUGUGCUUCUCUCAGGCAUGAAGCCGCCGUUCGCAAAGGCGGCUGCAGAGCAGCGGUCCAGAACAGGCUCCAGGCAUGCCGGUGUGCCGGUUUCCGUGAUGAAGAGGAAGGCGGCACACAAGAAGCACCGGAGCAGACCCCCCUCCCAGCCUCCAAGGAACAUCGUGGGCUGCAGAAUUCGGCACGGAUGGAAAGACGGAGACGAGCCUCUGGUACAGUGGAAGGGAACCGUUCUGGAUCAGGUACCUGUAAACCCCUCUCUGUAUCUUAUCAAAUAUGAUGGCUUUGACUGUGUUUAUGGACUGGAGCUGCAUAAAGAUGAAAGAGUGUCAUCACUUGAAGUCUUUCCUAAUAGAAUUGCAUCAUCUACAAUCAGUGAUUCACACUUAACAGAGAUUCUGAUUGGCAAAGCAGUGGAACAUAUUUUUGAGACAGAGGAAGGUUCCAAAAAUGAAUGGAGGGGGAUGGUCUUGGCUCAGGCACCUGUCAUGAAAACAUGGUUUUACAUUACCUAUGAAAAGGAUCCUGUUCUCUAUAUGUACCAGCUCUUAGAUGAUUAUAAAGACGGUGACCUGCGCAUCCUUCCCGAGGCCAAUGAUUCUUCUCCUGCAGAGAGGGAGCCGGGAGAAGUCAUAGACAGCCUGGUAGGUAAACAGGUGGAAUAUGCCAAAGACGAUGGCUCCAAGAGAACUGGCAUGGUCAUUCAUCAGGUAGAAGCCAAACCCUCUGUGUACUUCAUCAAGUUUGACGACGAUUUCCAUAUCUAUGUCUACGAUUUGGUGAAAACAACCUAGAUGUCAUCUUGGAAUCUGCCAGAUAUGUGAGACUAUUUGUAAAAUCUGUGCACACACCACGUCUUUGAUUGCUUUCCAAUUUGUAAGAACCAUCUUCUCGCUUUCUGCAUGCUUUUUGCCUGGCCAAAGAAAAAGGAGCUGAAACUCAGACAUUUUGGGAAGGAAAGCUUUUGCUCUUCUCUCCAUCUUUUUUUUUUUACAGGUUCCUUCCCACAGGACAGUGAUUGAUUGAUCUAAUUGGUGAGAAGGGUAAAGUCUGACAGCCAUUGGCCCCUACUUCUGUCUUUGCUGGUGUUAAUAGUUAAAUAUAGGUGAACACCUGUUGCCUAAUUCUUUUGGACACUCGGACUCUCUCUACUCAUUGAACUAUGAAGCUUCCAGAGAUGUUAAGUAUGACUGGCUGGGUAAGUUUCUUUGCAACCUUAACUCUUCUCUCCAGGUAGCUUCAAAGUGUAAUUUUGAGGAAGAGUGGGAAGCCAUUUUGGUCUCCUGUCCAAGUUGCAUUUUCAAUUCUGUUGGUACUGAGAGUAAGACUAACAUAUCGCUCCCUUUCUGGUUCUUACAUCUAUUGCUCAACUUGUUGCAAAAUCAAGAGGGUAAUUACUUUUCAUUUUAGCAUAUAAGUAUAGGCUGAGAAACCUUUUGAAAUUAAUAAGAGGGCAAGCAUUUGGGAACUGAACUCCCAAGUGGA